GCUUUAUUUGUCUCUUAGGUAAAAAGAAAAGUAAGGUUCUCUUUAUGAAACUGAUCCUCAGUCAAGUGUAACUUUUGAUGUAUGGUCUCUAAAGCCCCCCACUAUGCCAGCAGCUACCGUAGACCAUAGCCAAAGAAUCUGUGAGGUCUGGGCUUGUAACUUGGAUGAAGAGAUGAAGAAAAUCCGUCAAGUUAUACGGAAGUAUAACUAUGUAGCUAUGGAUACAGAAUUUCCAGGAGUAGUUGCAAGGCCUAUUGGAGAAUUCAGAAGCAAUGCAGACUAUCAAUACCAAUUAUUACGCUGCAAUGUAGAUUUGCUAAAAAUAAUUCAACUAGGACUGACGUUUAUGAAUGAGCAAGGGGAAUACCCUCCAGGAACUUCAACUUGGCAAUUUAAUUUUAAAUUUAAUUUAACAGAAGAUAUGUAUGCACAGGACUCUAUUGAACUGUUAACAACAUCUGGUAUCCAGUUUAAAAAGCAUGAGGAAGAAGGAAUUGAGACACAAUACUUUGCAGAACUGCUUAUGACAUCAGGAGUUGUACUAUGUGAAGGAGUCAAGUGGCUUUCAUUUCACAGUGGAUAUGACUUUGGUUAUCUAAUAAAAAUCCUGACCAACUCUAAUUUACCGGAAGAAGAGCUGGACUUCUUUGAGAUACUGCGAUUGUUUUUCCCUGUCAUCUAUGAUGUAAAGUAUCUCAUGAAGAGUUGCAAAAAUCUGAAGUCCACUAAAGGGCUGCGGUCAUCUUCACAAAGGUAAUUGCAACGGUGAUGCUGUGGAAGUCUCUUGGGAAAAGGAAUGGAGUGAAGAAUGUUUCAGAUGGCCCUGUAAGGAAAGAUAAAGAGCAGCGUAUGCUCAAGAGCAACACGUGACUUCUAGGAGAGAAAAAAAAAAAA